GGUUCCAGCCGGUUGAGCAGCUUCUCCGUCUCCAUCCUGAACACACGACCACCAGAGGGACCGCAUGAGACGUUCUCCAUGUCACACCUCACAGCAGAUGCAAUCCAUUCAAGUUUUUGGUCAGACUUGUCAUAAAAAAACAUAAGUCAGAUGAGAAACGAGCCAUAUGAGUGUCUUAAGUGACGGAAAGUAUUUUUUGCAAUUCACUGGAGGAUUCACACAGGAUUCAAGACAUAUCCAUGGUCUAAAUGUUUUAAGUGUUUUGGAUCCUCUUCAACAUUGAUCGAUCCUCAGAGGACAACAAGAGAGAAGUCAUUUCAGUGUUCUGGAAGUGACAAUGGCUUUACAGUAAAGUCCAACCCAUGUAUACAUAAGAGGAGUAAUUUCAGAAGAUAUUUAAUGUUUGGAAUGUAAUAAAGGUUUUACAAUGGAGGCAAAACGUAUCACACACCAGAAGGUUCACACUGGAAAGAAGCCAUAUCAGUGUUCUGAAUGUGACAAAACUUUUUCAACCAAAGGAGAGCUUAUCAUACACGAGAGGGUUCACACUGGAGAGAAACCUUUUCGGUGUUCUGAAUGUGGCAAAACAUUUACACAGAAGGGUGGCCUUAACACACACAAGAUGAUUCACACUGGAAAGAGGCCAUAUCAGUGUUCAGAAUGUGACAAAGCUUUUAUACAGAAAGAUCAUUUUAUUGUACACAAGAUGACUCACACUGGAGAGAAGCCAUAUCAAUGUUCAGAAUGUGACAAAGCUUUUACAUCUAAGUCAUAUCUUAUCAGACACCAGAAGAUUCACACUGGAGAGAAGUCAUAUCAGUGUUCUGAAUGUGGCAAAGCUUUUACAACAAAGAGAGAGCUUAUCACACACCAGAGGGUUCACACUGGAGAGAGGCCGUAUCAGUGUUCUGAAUGUAACAAAGCUUAUAAAACAAAGUCAAACCUUAUCUUUCACCAGAUGAAUCACACGGGAAAGAAGCGGUAUGAGUGUUCUGAAUGUAAAAAAGCUUUCGCAGAGAAGAGAGAACUUAUCAGUCACCAGAUGAUUCACACUGGAGAGAGGCCCUAUGAGUGUUCUGAAUGUGACAAAGCUUAUACAGACAAGAAAGGGCUUAACAGACAUCAGAAAAUUCACAUUGAAGAGAAGCCAUAUGAGUGUUCUGAAUGUGACAAAGCUUUUACACAGAAGUCAUGUCUCAUCAGACACCGGAGAAUUCACACUGGAGAGAAGCUGUAUCAGUGUUCUGAAUGUGAUAAAGCUUUUACAGAGAGGCACACCCUUUUCCGACAUACAAGGGUCCACACCAGAGAGAAGCCAUAUAAAUGUUCUGAAUGUGGCAAAGCUUUUGCAUGUAAGUCAUAUCUUAUCACACACCAGAAGAUUCACACUGGAGAGAAGCUGUAUCAGUGUUCAGAAUGUGAUAAAGCUUUUAUAGUGAAGACAAGCCUUACCACACACCAGAGGGUUCACACUGGAGAGAAGCCAUAUCAAUGUUCUGAAUGUGACAAAGCUUUUACGAAUAAUGCCGGGCUAAUCCAUCACCAGAGGAUUCACACGCUUCAGCUGCAGUAAAGAAACUCUGGAAGAAGGGGGAGGAGCUAAGCUGCAAUGAAAGACUUCAGGGUGUUUUAUUAAUUUCACAGCUCAUGUCAUCUCACAGAUACUCAAAGUAUAUUGCUAUUGUGAAAUAAUAAAUAAAAUAAGUGAGCAAACAGGAAUGUGAUGGAUGGACACUUUAGUAUUUAUGUCUAUCGGGCACAACCUAGACUAUUCUACAUUUUGACAAUUUUUUGGGGCGGGCAACAAUGAACCUUAUUCCUUAUGAUUCUCAUCUGUACCUUUUUAUGUGGCUUUGUCUGAACAUGUAAUGCAUUUGUAUGAUUCGCUAACUGAGCUGUAUUCUCAAGUGUUUUCCUAAUUGCCUGAUCCUGAGCCAAUACAUGACCAACACUGCCUCAGUACAGGGAGACUGGGUAGCAGUCAAGCGACAUCUUGCCCAGACUCUGAAGCCUCAGUGGGAGAAUCCUUUCCAGGUUCUGCUGACAAUUGCUAUACCUGCCAAUCAUGAGGGCUCCAACUAAGCCCAUCUUAUACAUUUUAUUCCUCCCUUCUCAUGAUCAAGGCCUCCUGUCCAUCUUCCACCUCCUCUCAUGGAUGACAACUUUGCAGACAGGGACACCAACCAUGCCAAAGUCUCCAUUCCAUGAGAAAGCAACUUUAUCCCAGCUGGCUACUUGUGUUUUAUUCAGUUCUGAUGAAAGUCUAUAGGAUUCCAUCAGGUGAAGAUUGGAUCUCCUUAUUAUCUAGUUUUCCUGUCCGUCUAUUGGUCACCUCCAUAGACCAAUCAUACAGUACAGCUACAAGAAUUCUGAUCUCACAAAGAGUAUGUGGUCAUAUCCCUACAACUUCAUCUGGGGGACUGAAAUUUCCCUGAUUGGGGUUCUCUUUAUUGAGUGAAAAGAUCUUUUAUUUUUUGGUAGAAUUUUUUUUUGUGAAAACAUUUUUUUGACCCUAGAAGCAUUGUGUGAUGUUAAGUAUAACUAUGGGCAAAAUCAAUGAUGACAUAAAUGGUGCAAUCUGUCAUUAACCAUUUUAUUCCCCGAGACUUUCUCCCCCUAAACCCACCGAGUCACAGAGCGUUUUCUUUUUUUCAAUGUCUCAGUUCUGCACAUUAUGGCCCGGAUUCACAAAGAGUUACG